AUGGAUCCGAGGAAACGAUUAUACGAGGUCUACCCAGGUGGAGACAUUGUCCAUCCACCCUCGUUUCCAAAGCGGCCGGAUCUUUUCAAUCGAGCGCCGCUAGCCCCGGCGUUGACUGAAGACAACGCGUUUCUUGCCCGUCGAUUUUGGCAGCAGCCAGAUGAAUCCCUCGGACGUGCAUGGAAGGCACAUGCGAAUCGACCUUAUACACGAGCAACCGAAGAAGAAGAAUCGGUAAUGCAUGCGUUGGCUCACAAUGUCUAUGAACACCUGAUGAGCAAUCCAAUUCUGCCGAUCUCGCGUGAUGAUGCACGAGCCCGGUUCACCGCGGAGGGCUUAGAUGAGACCUACAACGGCGUGCAGGGGCUAGAUGCAUUGGAGCAAAGGGCUUUUGUACACGGGCUGAACGUCAGAGAUCCGGGUCUUUGGACGAAAGAUACACUCACCGAUGAACUGACAUUAAGGGGUCUAAGCACAGAUGGGAGAAAGACAGACCUACAACGCCGUCUAUGGGAAUACGAAUGUGAUGAGCGCUUUGGGGUCUUGAGACAAAGCAACCUGAGUCAUUGGGGUAUCUAUCGUGAGCCAAGAGCUGUAGUGAGCCCUGCCACGAGAACAGAUAUGUCUGCACUCGAAAUGUACACAGCAGCAAUUAAACUCAGCCCGUACAAUCCAACUUACUGGAACAGCCGUGCUUAUUGUCAUUAUCUGCUGGGCUAUUUCGAUCUCGCCAUUGGAGACGCCUAUCGCGGAGAGCUUCUCUGCGAAGUGUUGACGACAGCAACCCAAAGGAACAAGCGGCCAGGAAUGUAUACCCGUGUUUGGGACGCCAUCCAGCAGCACCUGAUGGUAGAAUUGAAGAUCAAGGGAGUCCCAAUGACAAGGGAGGUCCUGCAAAUGAGGAAGGCAAACGGUAUCAACUAUUUCAUCCCAACUCUGAGGAACGCCCUUCACAGCAUCACCAGUCUCAGCCUCGCAGCACUGAAUUGCUGGGAUGAUUUCGAAGACCAUAUGAAGGGUCAACUCCAAAGACCCCUGUCAUACCGCGAUAUGUCAGUUCCUAAGAAAAGGAUGACAGUGAGCGCUCCUGUGAGAGCGGGGAUCGAGCACAGAAGAGAUAAUCCGUCAGCGCUUCAUCCAUCCCUUUAUGGACAUGAGUGGAGCCGCGGAUGGAUUUCAGGCGCCGAUAGAUAUCCAUACGACCAAGCAGACGUGAGACGCGAGGCACCAUAUUUUAUCAAUGCACUCAAUGCAAAUAUCUUCACGGUCAGUGGCAAUGCGGGGAAGUCUUUCCAACGGACAUGCCAGGUGCAGCCCACCCUCAGAGAGGACAAUUCCUUCAAUGGUUUAGGGGUCUUUGCCACUGCAAACAUCAAAGCAGGAACCAUGAUUCACUACGAGGAACCAGUUAUUCGCGGAAAUCUCAUCCCCAACAGGCUGCUUGACGAUGAAAGUGAAGACCCUCUCCAUGCCCCACGAUGUGACAACUGUCAAGCCGUGAUUAACCCUGACUUGGUUCGGCAUAUCGAGCACAACUGGAACUCCAUUCGUAACCCGGCACCUCUUUCCGGACGGAAACACCCGGAUGAUUGCGCGUGCCUUGACAUAAUAUGUAAAUGUGUGGAUGUAGGUUACUCCAGAGCUACUAGGGGCGGUCUGCUGUUCUGUUUUCCCAAUGAUGCAAUAUCAGACGGAGUGGCUCCUCAUUGCUUGGAUAUUGCGCGCGAAACAUACCAUUUCAAAGAAUUCUGCGGUCUCGAUUGGGGAUGGUUGCACGAUGCCAUGCGACCAAAUAAAGUGGCAUGGGGCGGAUCGCAGUAUUUCACCCACACCAAUGAACGCCACGGGACUAUUUUGAGUCUACUCUUGAAGAGUGUGCUUGAACUUACGCUCCAUCGCCGCCAAGAGGACCCUAAUCUUCUCGCGCAUGAGAUCAACGAACUCCUCGUUCUCGAGGCAGGUACCGAUACGAACGAGCCCUGGAGGGACAGCUGGUUCCCUUUUACUCUGGCCGGGAAUAUCCAGGUACCUUUUGAUAUCCUCUCCAACCUUGGAGUGGACAUAUUCAGCGACCUCUCCUUCGAUACUUGGGUUAUUCAGACGGUGCUGCGGAAGUUGCUAGUCAAUGCUGUACCCUGGGAACAUACGCGACGAGGUGCAAACCCAACGUUCAAGGACCGUGAUGGUCCCAAACCUGUACUGCACCCAACUCUACAGAGUAGAAUGAGAGAGAAAAAAGAAGACAUCUCGGCAAUGGAGCCAUCGUUUGGAAACUUCUACCUCUUUCCCGGGUUAAGCAUGUUCAAUCAUUCCUGUCGCCCUUUCGAGAACGCACUGUGGGGAUACGAUGACAAGGUCCCCAACCGCGUAGUGAUCUGGGCGAACAAGGAUAUCAAAGCCGGGGAAGAAAUCAGAAUUCCCUAUCAACGUUAUAGGAUCGCUGAUCCCGUCGGCGAAAACCUCGAUCUCAAUAUGCAUGCCGUGCAGCUUUUUGGAAAGAACUGCGAGUGCCCUCGAUGCCAAGGCAGGGGGGUUGCUCCUUCUAUUGAUAAGGGGAAGGCUAGAUCUGUGUCUGUUGACGAUGCUACUCAGGAUAAUAGGAAUGCUGAUUGGACACCAGGUCCAGUGGUGAUUCCCCCAAAGCAGGAAACUUGGGGUGGUGUUCUCGGAGAGGGCGAUUCAGAACUUGAUGACUAUUUGAUGGAGUACCGAGAGAUUGUGGAUGAUAUAUAUGACCAAUUCUACGAUCUCGAUGACCCGGAAUCCGAGACUGACGAGGCGACUGAGGAGGCGACUGAGGAGGAGUAUUCUGAAGAUGGGACAGGGAUAGCCCCGUAUAUAGUGUCCAGUUGA